AUGCCUGCUACUCGACCUAGCACAAGACUUCAACGUCGUGCACAACCAGCAGCACCACGUCGUCCAUCCUCUCGGAGAAGAACAGCAACCGCCAGUGCCACCACUAUGCAGCAACCAGAGUCAAGUGGAGUUAGUUGUGAGGCGUCUUCCUCCGUGGCCACAACGUCAGCACCUGAUGCAGCAUCGCCAGCGACGACUGUUCCUAAUGAAACGGUUCAACGGAUCGUCUCCGCCGUCUCCCAAGCUGUGCUAGCGUCACUCAAUGGAACCUGCACCACUACUCUUCCGCCGCCAUCUUCAGCUGUGGAAACGAGGGAAUUGCCUAUGGUAGUGUCUGGUAUAGCUAGUUUUGCAGACGCUACUAUGCAGGGGCCGGUAGCAUCUGCCUUAAAUAAUCUUUCAGGUGAGACUAGUUUUAUCCAAGUCUCACCGCCUGUAGAGCCGGGUCUGCCUAAAUUUAAUUCCAUCAAUGUACCCAUUGAUGCGAAUGUGAGCGCAAAAGUUAAGGCCAAGAUUUGGUCUCACAAAUUCGUCGAUUUUGGUGUUUUAAUUAGCUCAGGGGCAGGUGAUACCCGGUAUCACUUGUCUGUGAGCUCCCAAAACGGUUCAGCUUUGCCGACGUUGUCUUUGGAACC